CUGCUUGCAGGGGACGGGGAGGGUAGAAGUCAAGGAGGCAGCUCUCUGCCAUUGUUCUUGUUCUGGAAGUCUGGGAACGGGACGGGACGACGCUGGUCGGGUACCGGACGGCGGGUCGGUCGGUAUGACGGGCUCCGGUCCGAAGCUCGGGGUGCUGCUGCUGCUGGCGGUUCUGCUGCAGACUGUGGUCGUCACCAUCACCGUGCUGCACUUCACCACGGCUCUCAAUUCGAUGAAGGAGACGUUUGCCAGGAGCAGCGUUUCCUGCCUGACGGGCGCUGACCUGCAGAGCAUCACGGCUGUACGGGGGGAUCCAUGCUGGCAGGUCACUCAGCAGCUUCACCUGCUCAUUGAGAAGUCUCUGUCUCAGCGUUACCAGAGGCAGAUUUCAUCGGCAGUCAGAGAUGAAGUGUCUCGGGUUCUGCCCUCACUCGUGAUGGCAGACAGGGCUUCACCUCGCCCCAAAGUCGCAGCCCAUGUCACUGGCAGCUUUGUGCCCAAACUGGAGCGAGAGGGAGGAGCUCCAGUCUCUGCUGGCCGUCGAGUUCAGGGCCAGAAGAUUUCGUGGUGGGAGGGGCAGAAGGGGCUGGCUUUCCUCCAGGACGUCCAGCUGGUGGACGGGGAGCUGGUGGUGCCGCAGCCCGGCCUCUACUACGUCUACGCCCAGACCUACUUCAGACACACACACUCCCUGGAGGACGAGGGCGAGGACAGCGAGGAGGCGGAGGACAGAGGGAGACCCCUGUUGCAGUACGUCUAUAAAAAGGUGAGCUCCUACCCGGUUCCCAUCCUGCUGAUGAAGACGAGCCGAACCUCCUGCUGGUCCCGGGGCUCCCAGUUUUCUCUGCACUCCGCCCACCAGGGGGGGCUGUUCCCUCUCAGCAGCGGCGACCGCCUGUUUGUCACAGUGACCAACGCCUCUGCUGUGGACAUGGACGAAAAAAGCAGCUUCUUUGGGGCGUUUCUCAUCAGCUAGACGAUCAGACGCAGGACUCAGGAUCGCAGGUUGAUCUGGGGAAAUCAACCAGAUCUACAGACGCCAUCAUGUUUUUAAUGUUUGUGAUGAACGCAUCUGUCUGGUAAAACACCAAAUUAUUGCAGCCUCUAGACUUCUCCUAUUAAUGAGCCCAGAAAAUGAAAAGCUGCAACAUAGCGACUCGCGGGGAAGCCUGUCUUUCUUUUUUCAAGAUCACAAACCGAAAACAUUUGACAACACUGGUUUCGUGGGCGGAGAAGAGACCGAUAUGGAUUUGUGGCUGUGUGUAUGUGCGAGAGCUAAUCAAACUCAACAAAUAUUUGUACUUGAGUGUAUUAAAUUUGGUGUGGCUUGGACUCGACAGAGAUUACAGUUUCUGUUGUACAAACAGAAGCACUAAGUUUUUUAAGGUAAAUUUAAGUGUGCAGAGCAACAGAUUUUCUGAAUUAAGUCCAAACUAGUCUUGAACCACUAAGAAGAAACUUUGUAUAUAUAUAUAUUUUUUUUUUUACAAAAUAUACAAACAAAUAUAGACCCUACUUGUUCAUGAACAAAGCUUUCCAUGAUGUGGAGUGUAAGCUGUGAGCUGACGUUCUGCACACCAAAGUUGAAUUCAGAUGUGAUUUUCCUGGGUGUAUUCUCGCCAUGUUCCUCUGACGCCUGAUUCUUAACUGGUUUUCACCCAUAGUUUACCUAUCACUGGGAUUUUUUCACAGUAAAUCCUUGAAGCAGUUGUUUGCAAAAAAA